AUGACUGGAGCGGAAGUUGCGGGCUUGGCUUUGGUCGUCUUACCUUUGGUGGUCAAUCAGUUGGACAACUACUUGGAGGGGUAUUCCAGCACGUUAAGCGCCCAGUAUGCCAUUUUCCUCAACACCCUUGAGAUCUUCCUACAGGAUGUCGUCGACGACCACGACGAUCGAUCAGAGCUAAUCAGCAAACCGGGUGGCCCUGGGUGGAAAGAUGCGCAAUUCCAGAGGAGGAUGGCUGAGAGGCUUGGUCGGGACUACAAUGUCUUCACAGGGACUCUGACGGGCCUCUGCGGCCUUCUAGAGGGGCUUUCCAACAAACUCGACCGGUAUACGCCUGACUACUCGAAGGCUGCGUCGAUCAAGUCAUUAGGCAAAAUAAAAUUCCGAAAGAUACUGUCCAAAGCGAUCUAUGAGGAUAUACUAAACAGGAUCGACAAAGCAAGUCAGAUUCUCAAAACCCUGAGCGAUCAGUCACAUCAACUGGCUCAAACCAGAUCAGGUCCAGCCCGGUGGAAAGGCGGCCUGAGACGCCAUCAAGAGACCCGGCGACAUGCACGAGCUUUACAUGAUCUUUUGGUGCAGGGCCAAGGCCUGAAAUUCCCAUGCAGAAACGAUCACACAGUCUGUUUCCGGCUGGAUACAACCGUCCAGGGGUCCAGACAUGCGGAUCAUCUGGGAAACAAAAGCCGUUUCCUCUUAAUGCUCUCUUCAGCGAAUAAAGGCCAGAGGCUGCAUACCUUCGACCAAUGGCAUGAGGUCGAAUUACAACCCGAGAGAAUCGAGCAAACUGUUUCAAUCAAUCUCAAGGGGACUUCAGCAUCGACUUCGGAGGGCAAAUGCAAAGUACAGUGUCCUACAAUGAGCUCCACCACCAUUUGCAUGGAAGGCAUGGACAAAGCAUUGAAAAGCCCUAGGCCAAUCAGUGAUUUUUGCUCUGUGCUUUGUACCGCUGGAACUGCCGAUUCCCACUCAGGUCAGGGGGGUUUUGGGUACAUAAAGGACCAGACCAGUGAUACACGCUUCACCCUGCGUCUCGGCUCAGAUGCCCUGAGCCGAAGGGAUCGGUUGUUCCUGGCUGCUGUCCUUGCAUGUGGCGUCCUACAGCUUCAAGGGAGCUGGCUGAAACCGGAGUGGGCAACUAAAGAUGUCUUCUUUGCUCCGAACCUGCAACAGAGGUAUACUAUGUUCGACCAUCCGUACAUAGUCUGGCAGGUUAUGGGCUCUUUACAUACACACGGUGACAAUGGUGUUUCAUCGCGUUCCAUGGAUUCAGGCACAUGUCGGAUUCAGAAUGAGAUUCUUCUUCCACUGGCUGUCGCCCUCAUUGAGUUGUCCCUGGGUAAGACCAUUUCGGCACUUUGUCGACCGGAGGACCAGGAUCCGAGUGAGUCUCAGCUGCGCUUCAAUACUGCAACACGGGUGUUGAGGAAUGUCUAUUAUGAAAGCGGAUCAAACUACGGGGACGUUGUAAAAGAGUGCCUUUAUUGGUCUCGCAACAAGGGAGAACGGUUUGAAGAUCCACAGUUUGACGAGUCGGUUUUGACCACCGUUGUUUUCCCUUUGCUUAAAGACCUCGAUUACUUUGACGGGAUUUCCAGAUGA